AGCAGUGCAAUAAUGCAAGGACGAAUCGAUUCCGAGAUAGAACAACCCUCUUGGCUGCUGCCGCGCAGGGGAGGACGAGCUCGUCGCAUCGCCGACUCGCCGUCACCGAGGCCGUCGAGGUGAGCAGGAGAAGAUGCCGCUGCCACCGCCGGCGACCGCUGGCCCGAGAGCCCCGGCGCACCCAUGCUUGAGGACUCACGGGAAGGAAGUCGCUAGGCUGCACCUGUUCGACUGGAUCGUGCUGGUGCUCCUUGUUGCCACGUACGCCGUGCUCGGCUUGAUCCAGCCCUUCCACCGGUUCGUCGCAGAAGACAUGAUGGCGACCCUCCGGUACCCCAUGAAGGACAACACCGUGCCCGGCUGGGCCGUGCCGAUUAUUGCCAUUGUUGUGCCGAUGGUGUUCGUUAUUGGAAUAUACAUGAAGAGGAGAAACGUUUAUGACCUGCAUCACGGCAUUCUUGGCCUUUUGUUUUCUGUUCUUAUAACAGCCGUCCUGACUGUCGCCAUCAAGGAUGCUGUAGGCCGGCCGCGCCCGGACUUCUUCUGGCGCUGCUUUCCUGAUGGAGUGCCGAAGUAUAACAACAUCACGGGAGAUGUCAUGUGCCACGGAAAUCCGAGUGUAAUCAAAGAGGGGCACAAGAGCUUCCCAAGUGGGCAUGCUUCAGGUUCUUUCGCUGGGCUUGGAUUUCUGUCAUGGUACCUGGCCGGCAAAAUCAAGGUUUUCGAUCGAAGAGGCCAUGUCGCCAAGCUCUGCAUCGUUCUUCUACCUCUGCUUCUUGCAUCGAUGGUUGCGGUAUCGCGAGUGAGUGACUACUGGCAUCACUGGCAGGAUGUGUUUGCUGGUGGAGUUCUUGGAUUGGUGGUUGCUUCAUUUUGCUACCUUCAGUUCUUUCCACUACCUUACAGUGAACAUGGAUUUUGGCCGCACGCGCACUUUGAGCACAUUCGUCGCGCUGCUGGUGAAAGCCAAGAGCAAUCAACAACAAACUUGAAUAUACACCAUCAAUCACCGUUCCUCGAUAUUUCUCAAUCAAGUGACAUGAGAACCACCAGUCAAGCACUGGAUUCCAUGGAAGAAGGAAGCAGAGAUCAUCGGAUCAGUUACUGAUGGAUUCAAUGUUUCCGUUUCUUUUCUUUACAUUUUUGUAAGUUAGGUGACUACAGGAAUACUACUCUUGUUGAUGACUUCAUACCGCACCUACAAAUUUAUGUGACUGAAAGAGAAAUAUAAAUAUUUAGGAGAUAUUUUUUAGA